AUCUCCGAGAUUUUCGUAUAAUGCUUUUCGGUAGGUACUAAGAAAUUUCUUUGGUUUAACACCGGUUUACUCACAAGUUAUAGGGAUUCAGUCCGCAUAUCUCGGAUAUCAACUCGCCAGCAACCUUCUCAUCAGGACGUGCUCCGAAUGCUAAUUCUCUUCUCGAUGGAAUUUCGUCGACGUUGUCCUGGUAUGUUACCGCCGUCCCCUUCCUUUUUUGCGGGAUCACCGGUGGUUACAGAUUUCGAAAGAGAAGAAGAUUGAAUUGAUGAAUUUCAGAAGAGAACAAAACCUUUGAGAGAUGACAUCAAAUUCCAUUGAAACUAGUAACAAAGCUUAGAACUAAAAUCAUCACCGCCACGUCACUCUCAAAACUCACAACUCCAGGUUUUGUUAACUCACUCAAACUCUCCGGUUUUAUUUCUUCAACCGGUACUGAACCGGGUUUAAAAUUGUUUUGUCAAAAUAAACCGGUUUACUCAAAGUGGUAUAAAUAACCCCACCCCUUUCGAGUUGAAAACAUUUCAAGUUCAUAGAGAGUGGAAUUGUGCAUCAGUAACUCAUCAAUGGUGCAUAAUUCAGAGGAAAACCCUUACAAUCACUCAAUUUCCAUUGAAAGUUUAAACCGCUAUAAGCAUUUUCUCUAUGGACUCAACAAUCAAGUUAAUCAGCUUGAGAAGCAAGUAAAGGAGGUUGAACAGUUUUACCAAUCGAUUGAUGAUCUAAACAAUGAUUUCAAAAACAAAGGCUGGGAGAAGCCUCCUACUGGAUCUAAGAAGCCAUUGCAACGUGCUUUAGAAGAAAUGCAAGAGGAGAUCAUCCGCCAUUUCUCCAAAAUGUUGAGUGAGAUAACUCAGCACAGAUGGGCAUGGCCCUUUUUGGAACCCGUAGAUGUUGAAGGUCUCGGGCUGGAUGAUUAUUUUGAGAUCAUAAAGAAGCCUAUGGAUUUUAGCACUAUAAAAAUAAAAAUGGAGGCUAAAGACGGCUCUGGUUAUAAGAACGUGAGGGAGAUAUAUGCUGAUGUAAGGCUGAUUUUUAAUAAUGCAAUGAAAUACAAUGAUGAAAACAGUGAUACCCAUAAGAUGUCCAAGACUUUGCUGGACAUAUUUGAGAAGAAAUGGUUGCUUCUUUUGCCUAAAGUUGUUAAGGCGGAGAGUGAACUAUCAAAAGAAGAAGCACGUGAGAAUUUGACUAAAAAGCUUGCUCAAGAAAAUGCUUAUGCCAACAUGACUAGGAAGUUAAACGCUGAGCUUUCUAAGGCAGAUAUGACUUUGACGAAUCUCAAAACUACAAUGAUUGCAAAGUGCAGGAAACUGUCACCUCUGGAGAAACCGUUACUUGCGGCUGAAAUCACCAAAUUGUCUCCUGAUAACCUCCGCACCGCGUUAGAGAUACUUAAUGAGAAUAAUCCAAAUUUCCAAUAUAGUGUUGACAAUUUGACUACUGAAGAUGUGACCCUUGACCUUGACUCUCAGAGCAACUACAAUGUGUGGAGAUUGUAUAUGUUUGUCAAAAAUGCGCUAGAACUUCAAGAUGCAGCAAGCGCGGUUACUCAAGAUAACAACAUUGAGGAAAAGGAAUCAGAUGCCAAAAGAAGGAGAAUGGUGUGAUUCUCUGACCAAAGUCAUGUAAUAAGAACAAAAAAUAAAAAAUAUCUAUGUUAUGAUUCAGUUAAGCAACAAAUAAGGUAGUUUUCUACAUGCUAAAAAAACAUGUAGUUUGGCCACGAGGUUAGGUCUUCUGAAAUCGUUUAUUGGAAGGUCAAUGGUAGAGCAUAAAAACACCAAUAAGCUCUCCUUAUUUGACAAUUUUUUGGAACAUAUUGAACUACAAUCUUAAGUAUUCAGUAUACCUUUUAAGGUAAA